AUGUCGGACGGCCGCGACUCCCCGUCGCACAGCGGUCUACGCGAUCGCGUCAGCUUUUUCGAGAGAGUAUGGUCCGGACUCACCAAGAGAGAUUCAGUGGAUGCAACCACAGAUGUAGAUGAAAUAGAACGUAAGAUUGAACAGAGUAAACGGAGGCCAGAGUCACCCAAAAUCGAAGUUAAGUUAAAACACACUCGAGACACUCAGUCUCCAUCAAAAAGCUACGAAUCCACAUUCCCUAAUUUGAAAUUGAGACAUGUUGAACCUGAGGAAGAAAGGGUCGAGCGCCAGGUCGAAGAGGGCGACCUGGCUGCCGGCGUUCGCUUCGUCAAGUUCGAGCGUGUGACCGUGAAGAGGACUGUGACUGAAGUUCAAGAUGAGCGUCCGGAUUCUCCACAGAGCGAGUGGUACUCUGAAUACAAGCACCACACACUGCACACAGCACCGAGAAAGGAUUAUGUACGCAGUAAAUCAGAAUAUGACUCUCAUAUCGCAGAAAUACGAGGUAAA